GUGUUUCUUAAUUCAUAGAUUAAAGUCUAAUAAUUAUAUACUUUGUAUCAAUGUAUAUAAAUGUAGGUACAGAUGUUGCAGGACUUGAAGAUGAAAUUGUGACUUUCCUUCCAGGAUUUCCUUCAUUACGCCUUGGUGACUUGCCUAAUGGAGUGGUCAUGGGAAACUUAGAAGCUCCCUUUUCAAUUCUGCUAUAUAAAAUGGCACAUGCUCUUCCACGAGCCACCGCGGUUAUCAUUAACUCCUUUGAAGAAGUAGACCUCCUUCACACAAAUGAUCUCAAGUCCAAGUUUCAGAAGUUCCUCAGUGUAGGACCUUUCAACUUCACAUCGCCUUUACCAUGGUCGAACAGGGAUGAGCAUGGCUGUCUAGCUUGGCUGGACAAGCACAAAGCCGCGUCCGUGGCAUACAUUGGCUUUGGUACCAGGGCAACACCUACGCCUAAAGAGGUAGGGGCAUUGGCCGAGGCACUUGAAGCAAGUGGUACUCCAUUUCUUUGGUCUCUUGGGGACAAUAUGACAAGGCACUUACCAAAAGGAUUCUUGGGGAGGACAAGCACUGGGAUUGGAAAAAUAGUGGCAUGGGCACCCCAGGUACAAGUCUUUAUUUUAUUUCAUUUUUAUUUAUAUUCUAAGUACAGUACUGACACACUUUUGCUCAUGUUCGGGCUCGAACCCCUCCCAAGUACAAGUGUUGGAACAUGCUGCUAUUGGAGUUUUUGUGUCGCAUUGUGGAUGCACCUCGGUGUUGGAAAGCAUUGCCGGUGGUGUGCCAAUGAUCUGGAGGCCAGUCUUUGCAGAGCAGCAAUUGAAUACAUGGAUGGUCGAAAACUUGUUGCAAAUUGGAGUGAGGGUUAAAGGCGGGGUCUUGACUAAAAGUGGUACAAUGCAUGCUCUGGACCUGAUUCUUAAGAAUGAGAAAGGGAAGAAAUUAAGGGAGCAACUUGGGGUGUUCAAAGAGCUUGCUCUCAAGGCUGUUGGACCAAAUGGGAGUUCAACUCAAAAUUUAAAGACCUUGCUCGAGUUGGUCACCAAGUGACAAUCUCUAAAACUAUGUUUGGUCAAAAGGAAGAUUCCUCCCUUUGAUUCGGUCCACUAUGUCCUUGAAAUAAUUAAUGUUUAUGGGAUACUUGUUGUGUUGUGAUUAGGAGUCAAUGUCAUCUUAGAUUGCUAAGAAUUCAAUAAGUGAAGUUACUUUCUGUAUCUAUGCAAUAAGAUAAAACUUCACCAAAAUCUUGAGUUGAGUAGUAUAUCAUCUACCUCUCUAAAACAGAGGGAGUGAUUUACUCCUAGUGAAUGUUGUUUUUGUUUGCUACAUUCUCUCUUCAUUUAUACACUUCACAUUUACCUUUCGAAAAAAGAAAAAAAAAAGGUUUACCUACCACGAAGAAAAAAUAAAAUGACUUGAAAAUUUCCGAGUACCACUUAAUAUGUCAUUUUAAAUUAGCAUAUUAAGUGAUACCUUAAUUAAUGGAAUUAUAUUGAAUCAUAGAAGAAAGAUUUUGGACUUAAUUUUUGUAGUGAUCUUGAGUUCGAUUCUCUUCUCUUGAGAUCAGACAUUUAUAUAAGAUGAGAUUAGUCUCACCCAAAAAGCGAGUAUAUCCUUCUAAUCACGAAA